UUGAACUAGCUCCCAUAUGUAAUGUAGGUGUUGCAGGUGGAGUCUUAACUUGUUAUACCAUAACGCGAGCCCCAGAUGGGCUCAAGAAACAUCCAUAUGCUAUUGUUCCUUAAAUGUACAGCUCCUGUUUUGAAACCUCUUGUGUGAACUCCAGACUGCUGCACUCACUGCUGCUUUUACAGCUCCAUGUGGUAUCCAUAAGGCAAGCCCUGUGUGGCCGAACCCGAGCUCUGUUACCCUCUCAAAUGUGCUCAUCCUGCGGUUGCCCCCAUCUCAGUUAACAGCCAGUCACCAAGAGGAAAAACUUAAGAACCAUCUUUUACUUCCCUAUUGUCUCCUACUUCUACUAUCCCAUUUUUUUCUUUAAAAAUAUAUCUAGGGUUUGCUUUUUUCUCAGUUUCUUUAUUGUUAUCAGACUGGUCUGAGUCCCCUUCACCUCUUUCAUGAGCACAGCAGUAGCUUUCUGCUUCUACUUUUGUCAUUUACUCAUUCUUUACACUGCUGACACAUUUUUCUUGUAACAUGCCAGGCCACAUGACUAUUAAAAACCUUCAAGAGCUUUUCAUCAUGGUCGUACAGCUCUGCGGCCUCUGGCCUCCAGUUACACUUCUCACUCCACAUUGCGUUUCUGCUACCCAGCCUGCUCUGUCCUAGCCUGCUUCCCUUUCCUCAAGCAUGCCAGGCAUUCUGCACCGGCGCUGCUGUCCCCUCUGCCAGGUCACUUUCCUAGAUGUGAGAAUGAUUGGUUCCCUUACUUCCUGAGGCUCUGCCCAGAAGUUACAGUUUUGGAGAUCUUCCUUGACUCCUACAUAUGAAAGAGUUUUAUUUCUCUUACUAGCAUGUUCCACUACCUGAGCUAUUGCUUAGUUAUUGUCUGUUUCCUGGCUCCUUGAGUAUGAACUCCAUGAGACAAGAGAAUUUGUUCUGUUCUCUGCAGUUUUUCCAGCUUCUACUACAGAACCUGGUAUAUAGCAGGUGCUUAAUAAAUAUUUAUUGAAUGGCUAUACAUGUCUUAAUAUUAGUAGAUAAUGUUUUCUCUCACCAGGUACCAGGUCAUCAGUACACCAUCUGAUAUUUUCAUGGUGAUGGAAUAUGUCUCAGGAGGAGAGCUAUUUGAUUAUAUCUGUAAAAAUGGAAGGCUGGAUGAAAAAGAAAGCCGACGUCUGUUCCAGCAGAUUCUCUCUGGUGUGGAUUAUUGCCACAGGCAUAUGGUGGUGCACAGGGAUUUGAAGCCUGAAAAUGUUCUGCUUGAUGCGCACAUGAAUGCAAAGAUAGCUGAUUUUGGUCUUUCAAACAUGAUGUCAGAUGGUGAAUUUUUAAGAACAAGUUGUGGCUCCCCCAACUAUGCGGCACCAGAAGUAAUUUCAGGAAGGUUGUACGCAGGCCCAGAGGUAGAUAUAUGGAGCAGUGGUGUUAUUCUUUAUGCUUUACUCUGUGGAACUCUCCCAUUUGAUGAUGAUCAUGUGCCAACUCUGUUCAAGAAGAUAUGUGAUGGGAUAUUUUAUACCCCUCAGUACUUAAACACUUCGGUGAUUAGCCUUCUGAAACAUAUGCUGCAGGUGGAUCCCAUGAAGAGAGCCACCAUCAAAGACAUCAGGGAACAUGAAUGGUUUAAACAAGACCUUCCAAAAUAUCUCUUUCCUGAGGAUCCGUCAUACAGUUCAACCAUGAUUGAUGAUGAAGCGUUAAAAGAAGUGUGUGAGAAGUUUGAGUGCUCCGAAGAAGAGGUGCUCAGCUGCCUUUACAACAGGAAUCACCAGGACCCACUGGCAGUGGCAUACCACCUUAUCAUAGAUAACAGGAGGAUCAUGAACGAAGCCAAAGAUUUCUACCUGGCAACCAGCCCACCUGAUUCUUUUCUUGACGAUCACCACUUAACUCGGCCCCAUCCUGAAAGAGUACCAUUUUUAGUUGCUGAGGCACCAAGGACACGCCACACCCUUGAUGAAUUAAAUCCACAGAAAUCCAAACACCAGGGUGUAAGGAAAGCAAAAUGGCAUCUGGGAAUUAGAAGUCAAAGUCGACCAAACGAUAUCAUGGCAGAAGUAUGUAGAGCAAUUAAGCAGUUGGAUUAUGAGUGGAAGGUUGUAAAUCCCUAUUAUUUGCGGGUACGAAGAAAGAAUCCUGUGACAAGCACGUAUUCCAAAAUGAGUCUACAGCUGUACCAAGUGGACAGUAGAACUUACUUACUGGAUUUCCGGAGUAUUGAUGAUGAAAUUACAGAAGCCAAAUCAGGGACAGCUACCCCACAGAGGUCAGGAUCCGUCGGCAACUAUCGAGCUAGCCAAAGGAACGAUUCAGAUGCUGACGCUCAAGGAAAACCCUCAGAAGUUUCUCUUACCUCAUCUGUGACCUCACUCGACUCUUCUCCUGUUGACUUGGCUCCAAGACCUGGAAGUCACACAAUAGAGUUUUUUGAGAUGUGUGCAAAUCUAAUCAAAAUCCUUGCACAGUAAAUCUAAAAUUAUGCUUAUUUCUUUGAUAGCAAUAAGCAUGCAUAAUAAAUAACAGCUGAAUACUUCCAUUUGCAAUCAAGUUAUACAUAAUUAUAAUUGGGGAAUUAGCCUUUUAGAACACAGUUUGCACAGAGAUUGGAACAUGAGUGGUAGGUAGGAGCCUAAGGUGCAGAAAUGAAAUGAGAACAUUUUGUUGUUUAUUGUUCAGCAGGCAUCUAUCAUAAUAUAAUAUAUGUACAAGAAUUAUAGGUUUCUCAGGCUCACUUGAUUUUUUUUUUUCUGUUUUAAUUUUAGUGUACACAGGGCUUCACAAAAUAUUAAUUUACCAUAGGGCUUUCAUGUAUUAUUACAUGUUGAUAUGUUAUAUAUUGCUUCAUUUUUUUAAUUCAAUAAAUAGUUGCUUAGAAUCCCCAGUGACCAUUUUAGGUGAUUUUAUUUAACGAACUUCUUAACUUUUUAAAUGGCUGGUAUUUUCUAGUAGUAGUAACAGUCUGGAUGACUUCUUCCAUAUCUCCUUCUUAAAAUUCUAUGCUAUAUCUUAAGACAUAUUGAAAAUUAGACUCAAUUAAAAAUUUUUUUCCUUUAGCCUAGGAAGUCCAAAGUUGCAAAUAAUUUUUAUAUUCAGGUACUUUAGGCACUGAAUUUAACCUUACAGUUUACCCUGCUAUAUUGUGUAUAUAAACUGCUCUUUUUGCUUUAAGAGCCGAGCUGCAUAUAACUGUAAAUAAAUGAUGCUGUUUUGCUAAUUUCAUAAAUUCUUCUGGCUCAUCAUGUCAGCCAGUAUUGAAUGUAUGCAAACAUUUCUAAAUGAUUUGGUUAUGUGUCUUUUAAAUUGAGUGCAUAGAAAAAAAUGAUCUCUCACAGACUUUAAAUGCUUUGAUCUGCCUUUUGUCCCUCAGUCUUCAUGUGAGCAUUUGCCUCAGCAGAAGUUGGAAGACUGCAGCGUGAUCACCUCUGUACCUGCCACUCGCAUCCAACAACUGAUACUUUUUUUGCCAUAUCUGUUUUCUGUAUAGGUAAAGGAAGGCUUUAAACAGUUCAUGCGAAAAGGGAAUUAGAUAACAUGAAUUUUGCAUAUUUUUGAAGCCUCCUCAUAUAUGUAUAAAUGUGUGUAUUUACAUGCUUUUUUUACCCCUGAACCCAAAGGAUGCUACACAUUUAUCACUCCUAAAUACUUCAAGCAUCUCCAAAAAUAGGGACAUUUUACUGUGACUCCAUAGUGACAAUUAGUAAUUCUUUAGUGUCAUCUAAAUCUUAACUCAUAUUUUUAUUUCCCUCAUGGUUUAGCCCAUUGCUUUUAUAGUUGGGUAUCUCAAAACAGGGUCCAGUUAUUUUAACCAUAACAUUUGGUUACAUUUUUAAUCAUAUAUAACAUUAUUUGAUA